AUGGAUACUUCUCAAGAAAAAGGCUCUCUAAUAAAGGAAGUGAAAUUCAUCAAUGGUGCUGCAGUGUUAGAAUAUGAAGAUGACGAAUACGAUAAGUUGGUGGUUCUACAUCAAUUAAGCUUGAUCGGGAAGUUCUCUUAUGAUUUCUCAAUGAGGAUUCUCAAAUGGAAGCCGAGAUUCAAGUACGAGGAAGACCCUCUAAUUGUGCCAAUAUGGGUGUCUUUGUUCGAUCUCCCCAUUGAGUUCAUGAACAUAGAGGUAAUCUUCUCUAUGGCAACCGCAGUUGGAAAGCCGUUGAAGGUAGAUGCUCCAACAUUAAAUAUGACAAGGCCUUGCUUGACUAGGUUUUGUGUGGAAGUAGACCUCACCAAGGAUUUCCCUAAAUCCGUUAAGGUUGGGAAGAAGAGCAAAAAACAUGACCAAAUCUUUACAUAUGAGCAUAUUCCACAUUAUUGCUCUAUAUGUAGCAAGAUCGGUCACAAAAAGGAGGAUUGCAAAGUUGGAAUUCCGAAGGAAGUAGCAAGCAAGAAAGGUUUGGAUGGUGUUAAAAGCAAGGGGGUUUCGAAGGUGGUCGCGAAGAAUUCAAACCCUAAGCUCUUGCAACCUGCAAUUAAGCCCUUGCAGCACGUGGAAACGAUACCCUCGCAACCAGCAAUGACUCAGGCCGCGACGGGGAAAACUGGACCAUCUUCUUCAGGGUUAACGCCGGCGGAGAAGAGUGCUGUCCCCAUGGAUGUUCAGAGUCAUGCGCUUGUAGAGAAGGUCACAAAUGAUCUCAGAAAAACAGCCAGUAAGGAGGUGGAAUCUUCUAUUAAAGCGAGGCCACUGAUAGAAGUUAACAGAUUCUCCGUUCUUGCAUCGAUUAUAGAAAUAGAUGAUGAGAUUGAUUCAGAUGAUGAUGAUCUUAUAGAGUAG